AUGAACGUUGCGUGUGGAUAUGGAACGGAAGGUGAACCCAGCUCCAUGUAUACACUUUACCAGGGUAUGGAUGUGGAGGAGUACCUAAGGAGCGUAAGGGAGGAGGAGGCACGCCUUCCCGAGGUCGUCGCUGUGGAAACAACCGACACCAGCAGGCAGAGCCACGGAAAAACAGUGGAACAGUUUGAGAGGCUGCAGAAAAUUGCGGCCGAGUCAGUGGAAAAUGAUUGCGCAUUCGUAAUGAAUAACAACGAAUUGCAAUUCUUCAAAACCAUGAAGGACGACGUGAACGCCAAAAUGUCGCACGCCGAAUCUACAGAAAAGUGUGCCCUCGCCGAAUACUGUACUGGGAUAUUGCGAAGUGAAGGAGACGCGGCGAACGUCAGCAGCUACCUCCACAACUUGCAGGAUGCACAUUGGGAAUUGUUGUUCCGCUCCCCGCCUCCGGAUGUCCUGAAGAUUUGUGAGCGCGGGGUCAGUUUUGCAAGUGUACAAGAGAUUUUGCACAAGCUUGCUAACUUCAUAUGUGGUAGUAAAGGGAAAAACAUUGACGAAAAAUCGUCCAGGUGGCUCUUCUCCACAUUGCUCAUUCUCGAUGACCUGCACGCCGUGCAGGAAUCCGUUUCGUACGAACUACAACGACUAAAGCGGGCGUUGUCCAGAUAUAUUCCCACAAAGAUGGGUGACCUGAACGAGUACGAUCCUGAAAACGAUGAAGAUAUCGCAAAACGCCAAAUAGACGAAAUAAUCAUCGCAGGGCACAUACUCAACCUAUGCAUUAUACGACAGCAUUUCAAACAAUGGUAG